AUGGAGCUCCAUAUUCUUGAGAGGGACCAUUGGAUCCAGCCUGAUCUGGUGCACCGUAUUGAGUGGAAGGUGCUUGGUAUUGGUUUACAGGUGGCAACUAUUGUGCCUUUGGUGCUUGGUAUUGGCUCGGAGCUGAAUUUUGGUUCCCAUAAGCUUGAUACUGGUUUGUUGGUGGCAAGUAUUGGCUGGUGGGUGUUUGCUUUUGUCCUUGAUAUUGGUUGUUCGGUGCUCCAUACUGAGAGGAAGGAGUUUUGGGUAGUCCGUAUUGAGAGUUUGGUUUCCGGAUACUUGUGGUCCGUAGGCAGAUGA